AUGACAAAUGCACGUGUCGCGAAACUCGGCGCCGUUCACAAACGUACAAUGCCACUCCCCGUGACGAAAAACUUUCAGGUCGUGGUCGUGAGAUACUUCUCUACUUGCGCGGCCCCACUCUUCCGCUCAUCCUCCUCAUCCUCCACUCCACUCAUCCAUCUUAGCCCGUCCUUCGUCCUCAACUCCUGCCUAACCUCGUCCGAUGCUCCACAAAGGUCAGACGAGUGGUUCGCCCUCCGCAAGGACAAGCUAACGACGAGCACCUUCAGCACAGCCCUCGGCCUGUGGAAAGGAAACCGCCGCUACGAACUCUGGCACGAGAAAGUUUUCCCUCCUUCCGACUCGGACUCAGGCGUGGCCCCCACAAAGCGGGGCGCAAUGGAGUGGGGUGUUCUAAAGGAGGCAGUGGCGAUUGAGCGGUACAAGAGUAUAACGGGCCGAGAUGUGGGAUCGUUGGGCUUUGCCGUCCACUCGGACGAGGGGCUGAACUGGAUCGGGGCCUCGCCAGACGGACUUCUUGGGUGCUUUCCGGGAGGUGGGAUUCUUGAGGUGAAGUGCCCGUAUAAUAAAGGUAGGCCCGAGAUGAUGCUGCCGUGGUCGAACGUGCCGUUUUAUUACAUGCCUCAGGUGCAAGGGCAGAUGGAGGUGAUGGAUAGGGAUUGGGCGGAUUUGUACUGUUGGACUCCAAAUGGGAGCUCGAUAUUCCGAGUGUGUAGAGACCGUGGGUAUUGGGAGUUGAUGUGUGGGGUGUUGCGUGAGUUUUGGUGGGAGAAUGUUUUGCCAGCGAGGACGGCUGUUCUGGCGGGGAGAGGGGAGGAAGAGGUCAAGUCGUCGUUCAAGCCGAGCUCUACGCACAAGUUGACGGGGCUCAUCAUAUCCAGAAGCUUGAAAAUGGCACGCGAGACAAGGUUGCUGUCGAGUGGGCGAGCCCCGACACGAUCGCCGCCUUCACUUGCCCCCUCCUUGGAAUCGGACGGCUGUAAACCGCUCUCCUCCUCCGACAUCCACCGUUGA